CGGCGGCUGGGGGCGGCGGCGGCGCGCUGGAGGCGGCCAUGGCAAAGCAGUACGACUCGGUGGAGUGCCCUUUUUGUGAUGAGGUGUCCAAAUAUGAGAAGCUCGCUAAGAUCGGCCAAGGCACCUUCGGGGAGGUGUUUAAGGCUAAGGACCGCAAGACCGGCCAAAAAGUGGCUCUGAAGAAGGUGCUGAUGGAGAACGAGAAAGAGGGGUUCCCCAUUACAGCCUUGCGGGAAAUCAAGAUCCUCCAGCUUCUAAAACACGAGAAUGUGGUCAACUUGAUUGAGAUCUGUCGAACCAAAGCCUCCCCCUAUAACCGCUGCAAAGGCAGUAUAUACCUGGUGUUUGACUUCUGUGAGCAUGACCUUGCUGGGCUUCUGAGCAACGUCUUAGUCAAGUUCACGCUGUCUGAGAUCAAGAGGGUUAUGCAGAUGUUGCUCAACGGUCUCUACUACAUCCACAGGAACAAGAUCUUGCACAGGGACAUGAAGGCGGCUAACGUGCUCAUCACCCGUGAUGGAGUUCUGAAGCUGGCAGACUUUGGGCUGGCCCGGGCCUUCAGCCUGGCCAAGAACAGCCAGCCCAACCGCUAUACCAACCGUGUGGUGACGCUCUGGUACCGGCCCCCGGAGCUGUUGCUCGGGGAGCGGGACUACGGCCCCCCCAUUGACCUCUGGGGUGCUGGGUGCAUCAUGGCGGAGAUGUGGACCCGCAGCCCUAUCAUGCAGGGCAACACGGAGCAGCACCAGCUCGCCCUCAUCAGCCAGCUCUGUGGCUCCAUCACCACUGAGGUAUGGCCAAACGUGGACAAGUACGAGCUGUUUGAGAAGCUGGACCUGGUCAAGGGCCAGAAGCGGAAGGUGAAGGACAGGCUGAAGGCCUACGUGCGUGACCCCUACGCGCUGGACCUCAUUGACAAGUUGCUGGUGCUGGAUCCCGCACAGCGCAUUGACAGCGACGACGCCCUCAACCACGACUUCUUCUGGUCCGACCCCAUGCCCUCAGACCUCAAGGGCAUGCUGUCCACCCACCUGACGUCCAUGUUCGAGUACCUGGCGCCGCCUCGCCGGAAGGGCAGCCAGAUCACCCAGCAGUCCACCAACCAGAGCCGCAAUCCCGCCACUACCAACCAGACAGAGUUUGAGCGCGUCUUCUGAGGGCCGACCGCUAUCGCUUUUCAUUAGGGCUGUUUUAUUUUUUCUUCUGCUACAUGACCUGCAGUGUGGAGAUGGUGGGGCAUUUGAGUUGUUUCUCUAGUGCAUAUUUUAUUUAAUCCCCACCGUGGGCAGUACACUGGCUGAGUGGACUGGAGUAAAGCUUUGGCUGAAAGUCCAGGAGGACACUGGGGCUGCCUUCCCUGUUCCCUGGCUUUGGGAUGACGCCCAGAGGGUCUCCGUUUACCUUAGGACAGGAAUGGGUGGAAGGAGAGGUGCCACCAGUGACUUUUUCUACGAGUUCCCAGCAUGAUGGGAGGAGGGGACAGGUCCCUCACCCAUCCCCAGCCCUCCUCUUGGGAUGAGGAACUUGUGUAGUGGACAGAACCAGCCUCAGGAAUGGGCUGCUCUUGGCCUGACCCCAGAAGCACUGGGGCUGGCAAAAACUCUUGGUUUCUUCAAUAGGAGAAUUUUGUCGUGUUUCUUUGGUUCGGUUGUUUGGAGACAUUCCUGAAUGCAGUUUAUUACAGUUGGUCAGUUACAAUUAAAGUUGACUCUUUUUUCAGUAA